CCACAGCAUGUCAGCCAUACUUGUCACGUGAUAUGGUUGUCUGAAUUAGACUUGGUGUUGCAGAGGCUCGAGGGUCAAGAUGGUGGACAAACUGGUAAACAGCAAAGCAAAUGUCAGAAGGAUAAAAAAUGUUGAAGACUGUUUUGGCAGCUCAGGGGUGCAACUUUCCAAACCUGGUAGAGUUUUGGUAGGAGAAGGUGUUCUAACAAAAAUUUGUAGAAAGAAGCCAAAACCCAGAAAGUUUUUCCUUUUCAAUGAUGCGUUGGUUUAUGGGAAUAUUAUCAUAAAUGAAAAGAAAUACAACAAACAGCAUAUCUUACCAUUAGAAGAACUGAAGAUUCUUGGCCUAGAGGACGAAGAUGCAUUACGCAAUGGCUGGCAAAUUAUUAGCCCUUGUAAAUCGUUCGCUGUUUACGCUGCAACGGGCACUGAGAAGGCUGAAUGGAUGGCCCACAUCAAUAAAUGUAUAGACGAUCUGGUGGCCAAAACUGGGAAAAAGUCAACAAAGGAACACGCAGCGGUUUGGGUUCCGGAUUCAGAUGCAGCUAACUGUAUGCACUGCCAAAAGUCGAAGUUUACCGCAAUUAAUAGAAGGCAUCACUGUCGUCGUUGUGGAUUGGUAGUUUGUGGAAACUGUUCGUCUAGGAAAUUUUUGUUGCCUCACAUCUCGUCCAAACCAAUAAGAGUUUGUGACACUUGCUACGAGAAACUCUCUUCUGGAACCGCGAAGCCUACUGAUCAGAUAACACCGGAGGAGAAGGCCGCUACUCUAGCCGCGGCGCAGGCCAAAUCUGGUAAUUUCUCGUCGUUGUCAAGAAAAGAAUCAGAAUCUCUUGCAGAAAGCGGCUCGUCCGGAGACGAGAGAAGUGAUGAUGAAGACGGCAGUAGCAGUAUUGGAACAGAGCCUACUUUCUACGAACAAGUGAAGAGAUCCGAAGAGCCAAUGGAAGAUUGAUUAAAAUAUCAAAUUAGUUAGGGGAUGGACUUUUAGGUGCUCUGGCUUGAUGAAACGAUAUUUGCAAGCGAUUUUUGAUAGUGUAAGAAGAUUUUUAAUUUGCAAUAGAGCGCAUAUUAUCACAAAUACUAUAGAAGUCAAGAACUAUAAUCUCUCCGACCGCUCUGUUAUCACUAACUAUUUUUUAACUCGGUUAACAAUGUUUUUUUUUGAUGGUUUUUUAUCUUCUGCAGUUUCAUCCCUCCUGCUCCAAUUCGUAUAAACGUCACCCCAAUCAGCAUUGUAAGGGCUUAGAAAAAUAUUACAAAUAUGUCCUGGCAAAGAGGAGUACAGCGGUCUUCUCAAGACUUUUUAAUAGAAAAAAUAUUUUGUGAGUAUUGUUUCUCCCUGCAACACUGAGCCCUUAGGUCAAUCGCCCCCUUCUCCAUCAUUCAGUGUAAUUGAUCCUGUUAGCAAUACAUUCUCCUAACAAGCAGUUAAAGACAAAACUUAUUGUGGGUAUUUAUUCAAGGAAGCCAACCUUAUUCAAAUAAGUAUUGAAUUUUGUCGAGCAACAAAAUUUCCCUUAUAGCUUAUGCAUUUGGUUCAAGGCACUGACAUAGAAGGGCCUAGGUUUAACUGUAACGAGAUAGUUAAACAGACAAAAGUUUCCACCACAAACUCUUCAAAGACUGAUUUCUGCAGUGUGUUAGCACAUAGGCAAAUAUGCAGUUGUUUUGCUCUUUACCCUGUAGUGGUCAACAUUCUGCAAUUUAUUUUGGCGCAAAAUAUGGAACUAAAUCCAUACUUGAUUUCCGCAUUCUCAUUUUCCUUCGGCAAUCUGUGACUAAGAUUUGGCAUGAAAUAAAAUCAAGCAAUGUAUUUUCAAAUAUCUGUGAUAUAAUCAGUGCUUCAAUUACAGAUAUCAGAGAAACCAAUCCCAAAUACGUUUAUUUUUCUAUUUAUUUCAACUUUGUGGAUAAUCUUUUUGUGUGCGUGUUGCAUGAUUUUCAAGUAUAUUUUUUGUAUAUUGCAAUGUUCUUUUCACCUUUGAAUUAGAUAAUCAAUUUACUAUUUGCUUGAUUAAA